ACGUACACAUAUUAUGAUGUAUCAUACAGCCAUAUAUAUGACGAUGUACAUACGCGCGUGCCAGAAUGCAAUGUUAAUCGUACGCCGAAAAGGUGUGGUCCCGUUUUGGCGGAAAGAAAAAGCAGAAGAAAAUAAAAACGGGUACCUAUACACGAAUACGUGUACGAGAAAUCUAUAGGAAAAUAUUGAUUUCAACGCCCGCGCGCGUCCAGAGGAGAGAAAGAUACGCCGCGUGGCCUUGGCCGGCGUAGUGUGUCUUGGCACGCGCACGCGAAACCUCACGCGGCGGUUAAUCCAAUUUGUGCCGCAUACCAUGUUCGGUCAACGAAAAACCGAAUGUAUGAUGAACGCGAAGCUCUCGCGAGACGCUGGAUAUCCGUGCAAUAAAUAAAAAUGUACUGUGCCCGUAGAGACGCGCGGCUGCGGCCGGUCAAAGUUCGGAACCGAAGACUGCUGCAAUGUCAAAGCGUAUAUAUUUUUAAUUUUUUUUCUCGGUAAAUUUAACCAAAGCCGUAACGUAUAUAUUUAUAGCGUAUCGCCGACCGGCGUGCGGUUCGGUGUAUACAAACGCGUGUAAUAAUAUAAUAAUAGCAGUGCGGUAGGAUGGGCGGGGAGCGUUGCGGAGGAUAUGAUAAAAAUUCAAACAAACGGUCGCCACAUCGUGUCUAUUGUAAAACCCUGUCAAGGCUACACAUAUUACAUCGGCGCGUGCGUGUACGCGCGCGUAUCGUAUACUACGCACGCACACACGUAAACGCACGUAAAAAAAAAAAAAAAGUCAUGUACGUACGCGGGUGUGCGCUCUGUUGUGGUGGCAUUGGAGUGCCGUCACGCGCACGUACACGGCGCACACGUACACGUUGUACGAGUGCGCGAACGGCUAAAAUAAAACGCAGAGACGAACUAGGUUAAUCAAUAGGCGGGCGCGCGCCGUGCGACAUCGCGGGACGGUCUAUCGAUGGUUGGCCGCCGCGCAUCGAUAGCGCGCGCGCGACGGAUGUUUAUUGUACACACCUACGGGUACCAGUGAUAGUGCGCGUGGCGCCGACGGGCUAAAAAUACCGCACGCGCGCGCGCGCGCGCGUUUCGAGGCGCGGGUGUUUCGGGUGCAGGGACGCGCGCGCACAUCGAUCAUUCCACCGUUUUCGCCGGCCGAACGGUUGUGUGCAUAAUAACAAUAAUUGUCGGCCGAACAGAUGUUCGGGAGAGGAAGGAUGCCGCGCGUCUGACGUCACGCGGGGCGGGCGGCACGCGCGCGCGUGAAAAAGAAACGGUACGACGCGACGCGAAUACGACGACGGUCGCGGCGCGGGGACGAGUGCACACAUCGCGGACGGCGCGUUUGGCAGCAGGCGUGCUUUCCGAGAGCCGUUCGUUUACGCGACCGACGACAAGCGGUGGUGCGUGCUACGCACGGCGCCGGACGGACAUGUUACGCGAUCCCGUGGUCCGGUCCGCCGCGGUCAUCGUAGUUCGUCGUUAACAUGUACGCGUCGUCGUCGUCGUCGUCGGCCGACAAGUACGGCACCGGCAGGACCGCUACCGCCACGGGCACCGCGUCCAGAUAUCAACGCGGCUCCGCGUCAUCGUCGUACGUGUUGACCACCACCGAGCUGAGCCCCGACCGGCGGUCCAGGGCGUACAACAGCGCGCCCAGGCAGGUGCCGUCUUCCACGUCCUGCUCGUCGUCCCGGUUGACCGACAUCAACGGCAACAUCCGGUCGUUGAGCCUCAGCAAGAGCCUGUCGCCGUCCGCGUACUCGACCACCGGAUCGACGGCCCUGGGUACCCGCGGUGGAGACGUUGGAAAGUCGGCCGCCGCCACAGCUGCGCUGCUGCUAGGCAACGACAAACGGUAUGACGCAACGAAAAAACGUUUGGACGCGUUCUACAGCAGCACCAGCAGCAGCAGCAGAUCGCCGUCGUCGUUGCUGAACAAGACGUACAACUACAGGGCCGGUAACCUGUCGUACUUCGAGAAGUACAACAAGCAACAGCAGCAGGACUCGCAGCCGUCCAGCGACGUGCCGCAGCAGCCAUCCAGGUAUGUGAACAUGAACUAUAGGACUAAAUACGGCGCCACUACUGCGGACAAUAGCAGUGGCACGGCGCAAGAGACGUCCACGUCAUCCGCGUACAACAGGUCGGACGUGUCCAAGAGGGGGGUGGUGGGCAUCCGGAACAUCGGGAACACGUGUUACAUGAACUCGGUGCUGCAGUGCCUCAGCAACACCAAGGGACUGACGGAGAGCGUGCUGGACGAAGCGGACGGGGCCGACGGCAAGCUGAUCCGGGUGUACAGGGACCUGUUAACCCGAAUAUGGAUGUCCAACGACAGCCAUCCGGUGGAUACCACUGCGUUCAAAUCGGCGUUCCAGCGGCUGUCUCCGCGGUUCGUGGGCUACGACCAGCAGGACGCGCAGGAGUUCCUCCGGUUGUUGCUCGACAAGUUGCACAUGGACGUGAACAGGGUGAAGGUCAAACCCCGAGCCAUGCCCGACGUGGACGAUACGCUCAAAGAUAACGCGCUGGCCGCCGAGUUCUGGCAAAGGUACCUGGCUACCGAUAACAGUACCGUGGUGGACCUGUUCGCAGGUCAGCUCAAGUCGACCCUUGAGUGUUCCGUGUGCGGCCACAAGAGCAUCACGUUCGAGGUGUUCUGGGACUUGUCGCUACCGCUGCCGUCCAUCGGUUCGUCCAGCAACGUGUCCAUUACCGACUUGCUGGAGAACUUCACGCAGGAAGAGGUGUUGGAUUUCCGCGAACGGCCUCGGUGCAGCGUGUGCAAGGUGGACCGAAAAAUGUAUAAGGCGUACCGUUUCCAGAAGUUGCCCAGAUACCUGGUGUUGCAUCUCAAACGUUUCCAGGGCACCCAAUUGUACAAGAAGAUCACGUCGAACGUCGCGUUCCCUGUCGUAUCGUUGGAUAUGAGCCCAUACGUGUCCGGAUCGGCCCGGGGCAUACAGCCGCACAGUACAAAGUACAACUUGUACGCGGUGUCCAACCACAUGGGCACGCCGAUCGCCGGACACUACACAGCAUUGUGCAAGCACCCGACCACGGGCGACUGGAACUUUUUCAACGACAGUUCGGUGUCCAAGGCGCAGUCGAGCACCAAACUUAUCAGCAACGAGGCGUAUAUACUAUUUUACGAAGCCGCGAAUUAUUAAUAAGCCGAUAAUUCGGUGUGACCGUUUUUAAAUUAUUUUGUUUUUUGUUUGUUUUACAUCCGUCCAAAGAUCAAGGCUCGAUAUCAAAGUAUCA